GCUCACACGUGCCGCUGCCUUUCGUCUUUGUCUCGCUUCACAGCUUCACUGGCUGCUAUGGGCACUGCCUACAGGGAGAGGAGCUGACUGCCGCCUUUGCCAUUUCCUAACAUUGCAUCCCUCGCAGCAUUCGUCGCGGGAGGAGUCUCAGCCUAUUUUGCACGUCUUCGGAGGCACAAUGACCGGAUUACAGUAGCCGAUACCGACGUCUGCCCACCUGGAAGAUGCUGGGAUGGUGCAUGUUUUGAGCGUUUCUACUUGGGUUUCCGGCCGGACGAGUUUCUUAUGGAUGAUGCACAGAGGGGUUUUGCGGUGUCUUUAUGUAUCACCCUGAUUUGGAAACCCUCCAUCCCACCAGGAGAUCCAUGACCUGGUUUUUGUUGUACCGUUGUCAUCAUGUCCCCAGCAUCGGCUGCAACGGCCAGUGAAAGCAGCACCACCACCGUUCCCGAAGAGGAGCAGGACAGUCCCCGAGAGGAGCAGCGGCCCCAGAAGCAGUCCUUGACUAAAUCCUUGUGUCAGGAAACUCACUGGAAAUGCCUGCUGCUGUCCCUGCUGAUGUAUGGCUGCGUCGGGGUGAUGGCCUGGUGCCAGGUGACCAAGGUCACACGCCUCUCCUUCGACAGCGCUUACAAGGGAAAGUCUAUGAUGUACCACGACAGUCCCUGCUCCAACGGCUACAUCUACAUCCCUUUGGCCUUCCUGGUCAUGCUCUAUGUGGUCUACCUGGUGGAGUGUUGGCACUGCUACACCAGGAAUGAGCUACAGUACAAGGUGGAUGUUGACAGUGUGGCGGAGCGCAUCCAGCGAAUGCAGCAGGCCACGCCCUGCAUCUGGUGGAAGGCCAUUAGCUACCAUUAUAUCAGGAGGACGCGGCAGGUGACACGCUACCGUAAUGGAGAUGCCUACACCACCACGCAGGUCUACCAUGAGCGAGUCAACACCCAUGUGGCUGAGGCGGAGUUUGAUUACGGGAACUGUGGGGUUAAGGACAUCGCAAAGCACCUGUUGGGUAUGGAGGACUUCCCCAUCACCAGGCUGAGGUUCACUAAGUGCUUUAGCUUUGCCAAUGUGGAGUCAGAAAACUCUUACCUGACCCAGCGGGCCAGGUUCUUCACAGAGAACGAGGGCCUGGAUGACUACAUGGAGGCACGCGAGGGGAUGCACCUGAAGAAUGUAGACUUUAAGGAGUAUAUGAUUGCCUUUUCUGAUCCUAAUCACCUUCCCUGGUACGCAGCCAACUCCUCUUUCUGGGUGGCAGCUGCUUUCACCCUCUCCUGGCCUCUGCGGGUGCUGACAGAGUACCACACUGCCUGUGUACACUACCAUGUAGAGAAGCUGUUUGGCUUUGACUAUGUGCCAGUAAGCCCGUCUGAGGAGCGACCACAUUGCAGACACAUCCCACGAGUCAACACGAUCGACAGCACGGAGUUGGAGUGGCACAUCCGCUCCAACCAGCAGCUGGUGCCCAGCUACUCGGAGGCUGUUCUCAUGGAUCUGGCUCAGCUCUCAGGAAGCUGUAACAACUACUCCGUAUGUGGAGGGUACGGUAGCUACAGGCAGAACUGUGAACGCUGCCACCGUGCCAUCAGCAGCUCCUCCAUCUUCUCGCGCAGUGCCCUCAGCAUCUGCAACACGGGGAGCCCCCGCAUCCCCUUCAGCGCCAGCCGCUUCUCGCUGAGUCGGUUGUACGGAUCCAGGCGGAGCUGCCUGUGGAGGAGCAGCGGGAGCUUGAACGAGCGGUCCUGCCCCACAGAGAGCACGCACUGUCUGUCAGGUCAGCAGACAAGUGAGGAGAACCCUCCAGCCUACCAGGACGCUCUGUGCUUCCCAGUGCUCAUUGUGCAUCGCAACGAAGGCUGCCUCAACCACGACCACCGCUCCCUGCACAGAAACGGCUCCUGUGCGGAGACUUCUCUAUGACCCGCAGCUGCCAGACUUACCUGAGCAUGGGAUCUAAUGAUACAGGAACAGAGUGAGGAAACUCUGUACACCAGGGCUGGGAUAACAUUGACUUCUGCUUCUCCCUUUUACAAUAGACGUAACGUGGUCACCUACAAGUUACCACAAACAAGGAUUUUUUUCUGAAGAUACAGUAACUAGAAACAGGGAAAGUCCUUACAGUACAGUCAAUAAGUCAGAGGAAAAGUUGAUGCUGUCGAUGAGAGACUGUUGUUUAAAUACAAUGCGGCUUUAAAGGACCAAAUUGCCAAAAAGUUACGUACUGUCCUACCAUAAGGAUAAGAGUCAAAUAACCAAGGAAUUCCAAGGGGAGUCACAUCCUACUGUAAAUGCCAUAUUUGUAGAUCUUAGUCAGAGAAAAGGACAUGAGUAAUACUUUUACAUAUUUGGAGCCUAAUAUGGGUUUUGAAAUUACCAAGAAAUUGGCAAGAAAUGAAAGGGAUACAACAAUUAACGGACGUCCGAAUGAGAAAUUAAGAAAUAUUGAGAAAAUCAUUGACUCACACAUCAUGUGAGUCAUGGGAAUUAGGUGAAUUAUGAGAGGAAAUGCAGGGAUAUCAGCCUCCUUGUCAAAGCAUAUACUGUAUAACAAGACUAAAUAUUUUUGCUGAAACAAAAUACACGUCUUAUGGCUCUGACAAAGUGACGCUAACUUUGGCCCAAAUCUAAAAUAUAAACAUCUGCAUGUGUAACCUUUUGAUACUGGCUGAUUUAAAUCUGUUCUUUCAAAGUCAAUGCUGAUGGGAAUCUAUUUCAAAAGGAACACAUUUCCAUAGUAUAAAAAUAAUCCUCUGAUGCAGAUGCUGAAAGAUCAAGUUAGCAGACAUCGGCUUGACUGCGAUGACAUUAUACUUACUGGCUUUCUAAAUAUAGCGACACAGUCGAUGAAUAAUUUAGCACAGGAGAGCUAAAGGACACAAGAACUUAAAACUGAAUCAACAACACUUCUUCAAACUGUUAAUUACUAUAAACUGCACAUUUUCUAUAAUGGCCAACUGCAAAGUAAUAAACCUCACCAUGAUAUUAAUGAAUCAUUGUCAACUCAGCUAGAUUAAAAUCUGAAAGCUGUAUUAAGUUUAAUAUUCGGCAAUAUUUCUAUUCAGCCUACCUCCUUAUUUAAGUGCCUAGCGAUCAACUGUUACUGACGAGCAUGAGCCAUCGUAACUAAAGUCAUCUCAUCUCGACAUCUUCCUAUUAAAACAAGUCUUACACUCAUAAUAACACACGGUAUACAAGGCAUAGGAGAAACCUUUUAUUAUUAUGGUUUAAAAUACAUAAGGUUUUAAGAAUCGGGCCCUAAAUGUUUUUCAGAUGAUUCUCCUCAUGAUAUAACACAGCUCUCGUGUACUGCUGCUGCUGCUGCUGCUGAUGCAUAUCAGAGAGACAGCCAGAGAGCUGGCCAUCAAAGACGCCAGAAAUAGGAAGAGGCCUGGAUUCACUACUGAUAGUGUCAGAUUUAAUAAUAUGACAGGAUUACUUUCAAGAACUAAAAAAAAAAAAAAGGCUUCCUCUCAAAUGAGUGCGUGCAGUAUCUCAGUCACGGUUAAUUUUAAUUUACUGUCAGGCCAUGCACAACAAUUAAUGUAAAAUGGAAACAGAGAUGAAAACUUUUCAAACAAAUAUUAUAUAGAAGUAGUAACAAUUUAGCUCAUUUUAACCGUGAAAAUAGAGUCGUUUCUGUACGAACAAGUCCUCAUCUCACGAGACCUGCAGUGAAAGAUGAACUGGAAUGGACAGAUCAUUCUCCACCAUUAAGUUCAUUAAAACCAUUACAACGUCCAAGAAUAUUAAAUAUCAGAAUCUUGUCCGUGGGCGAACAUUGCGUGUUACUUCCUGUUUCAACUCUAUCCUUCACAAUAAUGAGCCUGUACUGUUAAAUGGUGACCGAUUAGCCACUACUCAUUACGUUCCAUGUUGAGUUUGGAGUUGCAGACUAUCUUUGUAGCAAUACUAGAGAACACUCGGAAAUUAGUCAAAGGGAGCGAGGCAUGAUUAAAAACACAGAUUUAGCAUUGAAACAUUCUGUGAACAGUUUUUACAACUCAUGGGUCAUCUAUGCAAGCCCCUCCAACUCAGGAUAGUAUUCAGGGCAAAGAUUCUGCUUUGCAGCAACAUCCCAAAACCCGGUCAUCACCCCUUUCUCUAAACUUCAGGUUUAUUUUGCUUUUCAAAAGGCUUCAGCGAGGAUCAUAACCGAUUUUUAAAUGAGAGGUUUGUGAACACAGGAUGACGAACCGCACUGACGUUACAUUGCUCAUGUUCCCAUUCCAGAUAACAAAGGUGGAGAAGCAGGUGAGAGACAACGGAGCAACAUGUUAGAUAUCUCCAGGAUUUUGGUCCCACCAGCUAUUCAUAAAUCCAUCUUUAAGUCCUUCUUAAGUUCUUAUUAACUACUAGCUAGUAUCGGGUUGCACCAUUAGAACUUCAGAAAUGUCUUAGCGAGUUAUUUCGUCAUUUCGUGACUGACAUAACGUUUUAUAAAUUGAGGUAUAUUGAAAGGUAUUGAGGUAUAUUAUAUGUUUGUGAAAUAUAAUAACAAAUUAUUCAUGCAUCAUUGUUAUGAUAGCAAACUUCAAUCAAGUGUCAGCUCAUACAUGUUGACCAUAUUACCGUUUCAAUAUAAAUAGAUCAUGUACAGUGUUAGUUUAGCAACAACUUAUCUCAACAUAAGAAGUAGUUUGUGUGGUGCAACCCAUUAUAGUUUAGCAAUGUGUAAAUCUCCACUUAGUAAAUAUUUAUAACAUGGAGAUGUUUGAACUUAUGACCAGCUGGGGCAACCGACUCCAGGUCCUGGUAUUCGUGGCACUUGUGUAUUUAGAACACUCUCUUUGAUUGUUGAAGAAAUAGUUUGUAUAUAGAGACAUACAUUUGGGGAAAUACACUUUUUUGCCUUCUUGAAGAGAGUUUGAUGAGGAGAUGAAUACCACUUUGAUGUCUGUACAUUUAAUAUGACGCUCCCACCAGCAGCGGGUUAGCUCAGCUUAGCAUAAAGACUGGAAACAGGGUGAACAACACGUUUUAUCUAGUUUGUUUUACCUGAACAAAAACUGAAACGACAAGUUGUUAUUUUACGCAGCUCGUUGGCUGUAUGACAUCAGCAGACAGAUGACAGUGGUAUUCAGCUUCUCUUCUAACCCUCAUAAAAAUUAAAAUAAAUAAGCGUCUUUUCCAAAAUUGUCAAACUCUCCCUUUAAUGGUUAAUGGAUGGUGUACUACGCAACCUUUUUGAGCAACAUGAAUAGCAUUUUAGCGGGAAACCAAAUUACACACAGGGAUUGAAAUGAACCCAUUAAUCAUUAAUUCAUUUUCUCCUAAAAGGCUGGAUCAUAUCCCAGAAUGCAUUGGUCAGAAGUCAGAGAAUUAUGUAAUGUCCAUGUACUGUGAGGUAAAGUGUAAGCAUAAGGAAAACCACAAGGAAGAGCAUGUAAACUCCACAAGAGAUGUAAAAUCUAUUAAGAGUAUGAUUUGGGAUUUAAGUCACUGUUUUAUACUGAAGUCAUCAUCGCAUUCUCUCAUUCAUGGUCAGCCUACAAGCCCCUCGGAUAGCAUCACUGUGAUCCAUACAUAGUCAUGUGUAAGAAUAGAAAAUGUGUUUACCGGUGCAAUGUUUACAUAACAACAGUGACAUUCAAAACAGUUACAAAUCUGUCUGGAAGGUUCAUAACUAGACAUUUUUCCUCCAUAGACGAGCAUAAAAGCUUCUGUCAUGCAAAGCACUCGACCCUUCAUCAUGUGUAUUUAGUGGAUUAGGUAGUUUUGAUAUGUACUCUUUCACUCGAGAAUGCUCUGGGGUUUGUCUUUUUGUACUCAAAUGAUUUUGUGGAUUUUCAAGACUGUAGGGCAGAAAGGAUUUGUACUGUAAAUAAAAUAGAGGCGAGAGGUUAGAAUGACUGUUGGUGUGGAUCUAAGCUGAAUGUGUCGUGCACACUUAGGUAACUGAAGCAGGGAUAUUUUUGAUGUGCAGAUGUUAAAUGCUGGGUUUGUUAAGUCACAAAUGGCAAUACAAUCCUUUGUAAAAGGUUUCAGGCAACACAGCCAACAGAAUCUUUUUGCUGCUUCUUAUAUACUCUUUUGAAUGAUGUAUGUUGCCCUUAAACCCAUUUUUACAUUUUUUAAAUCAUAUUUGGUACACCUUUAUUUACCUGAAAAUGUCAGAAGGGUUUGAGUGAUUUAGGAUCGGGUGCACACACAGAACGGUUGUGUGAGUAUUGAUAAUGAUUACUGAUCUGAAGAAUAUCAGUAUUCUUUCGUAUGUAGAUUGAUAUAUGUGCUGGUCCAACAUCAACUUACAGAAUAGCCUUGCCUCUCUUCAUAUGAUUAUAGAAAGCAACUCGUGAUUUUGCAAGUAAAGAUGUGUUUUUUGCUACCUGGCAAAGGUGUUACAAUUAUAUUAUUAAUCUGUAGAUAUAGGUUUUAAAAACAACAACACAAAUCUGUAUGUAUUCCAACUCCACCACAACGUUGCCUUGAUGUUUAAGGAGUUAAAACCAAAUCUGUGUAUCAAAAUGAAAACAAAAGGCUCCUCAAUAAACGGAAUUGCUCACUGAAA